AUACAAGGAGAAUAAGAGAGACACCUCUGGAGUUUGUAGCUUCUCUGCAAGCCUCUCCGCUACAAUGCUCCCUCUCCAAGAAAGAGUUCCCCUCAAGAACUCUCUACAAAAACUCUCGGAUGUGCUUGUUCUCUCUCUCCUCCUCGCCCUCCUCGCUUACCGUCUCAUCUCACUCCAUCGCCAUGCCCAUAUUUGGCUCAUAGCCUUCACCUGCGAGUCGUGGUUCACCUUCGUCUGGCUCCUCUACAUGAACGCUACAUGGAUCCGUGUGACCUACAAAACCUUUCCCCAACACUUGUCAGAGAUUUACCACGAUCUCCCAGCCGUGGACGUGUUCGUCACCACCGCAGACCCGACGCUCGAGCCUCCUAUCAUCACCGCCAACACCGUGCUCUCCUUGCUGGCCGUGGAGUACCCCUUUCACAAGCUGUCAUGCUACGUCUCCGACGACGCAGCGUCGCCCAUCACCUUCUACUCUCUCGUCGAGUCCGCCAAGUUCGCGAAGCUUUGGGUUCCCUUCUGCAAGAAACAUAACGUGAGAGUGAGAGCACCUUUUGUGUACUUCUCCACUGAACCACAACCCUCACACAGUCCCUCCUCGGACUACAUGAGAGAAUGGAGACGUAUCAAGGAUGAGUACGAGGAACUGAUUCGAAGAAUUGAGACCGCAAACGAAGGCCAAAUCCUACCUCGCGUGGCUGAUGGGUCCAAAGACUUCCUGAAGACUGAGCGCAGAGACCACCCAAGCAUGGUCGAGGUUAUAUGGGAGAACAAAGAAGGAUCCGAAGAUGGCUUUCCACACCUAGUUUAUGUGGCUAGAGAGAAGAGGCCAAAGCAUUCACAUCAGUACAAAGCUGGCGCCAUGAAUGUUCUGACUAGGGUGUCAGGCGUGAUGACAAAUGCGCCGUUCAUGCUCAACGUGGACUGCGACAUGUUCGCCAACAACCCGGAGGUCGUACUCCACGGGAUGUGCCUCCUCCUCGGAGUCGAUGACGAGGUGUUCAGUGGGUUCGUCCAGGCGCCGCAGCAGUUCUAUGGAGCUCUCAAGGAUGAUCCCUUCGGAAACCAGUUGGUGGUGUUGUCGAAGAAAAUUCUGCCUGAGUUGCAAGGACUUCAAGGUCCGUUCAAUGCCGGUACAGGAUGCUUUCAUCGAAGAAAAGUCAUAUAUGAUUCGCCACCUCGUCAUCCAAGCAUUAAAAACCGAGGUAAUUUAUCUUGUGAAGAGCUUGAAAUGAUCUACGGCGACUCCUUGGAAUUUGUGGAGUCGGCUUUCCAGAUUACCUCGGGUUGCGGUAAGGGAUUGCCCGGCAAACUUUCGAGUCGCGUCGAAGCGGCGAAGAAGGUUGCAGAUUGUGCUUACGAGUUCAACACGUCCUGGGGCAGAGAGAUUGGUUGGGUCUAUGGUUCGAUCACAGCGGAUAUCCUCACUGGGCUGAGGAUCCAUUCCAUGGGCUGGAGGUCGAUAUCUAUGACGCCGGAGCCACCUGCAUUCCUCGGCUGUGCCCCGACGGGAGGCCCGGCGUGCUUGACACAGUUCAAGAGGUGGGCGACCGGCCUCCUCGAGAUCCUACUCAGCAGGAGAAGCCCAAUCCUCGCGGUCAUGGAAGAAAAGCUCAUGUUGCGGCAGUGCUUGGCCUAUCUGCUCAUCCUUGUCUUGCCUCUGCGUUCCGUCUUCGAACUCUGUUACGCUCUGCUCCCUGCUUACUGCCACCUUGCUGACUCUGCUUUCUUGCCCAAGGCAUCAGAGCUCGGUUUUCUCGUACCCAUGGCCCUCUUCCUCAUCUACAACGUGUACACGCUGACAGAAUACUUCCAAUAUGGCCUGUCGAUCCGAGCAUGGUGGAACAACCAGCGGAUGCAGAGGAUCUACGCCCAGACUUCAUGGUUGCUCGGCUUCUUCAGCGCGCUCCUCAAAAUCAUGGGCUUCUCAGAGACCAUCUUCGAGGUCACCCGAAAGGACCAGCCAAAGCCCACCGACGUCACCGGCGCCGACGACCCCGGACGGUUCACCUUCGACUCCUCGCCGGUGUUCGUGUCCGGUACGGCCGUCAUGCUCAUCAACCUGACCGCGCUCGUCGUCGGCUCGAUGCGAGUUCUCUGGCAGGCCGAGACCGGAGAACUCGGGCCGGGGAUCGGGGAGUUCGUUUGCAGCGCGUGGGUUCUGCUCAGCUUCUGGCCCUUCGUGAGGGGGCUUGUGGGGAGGGGGAGCUACGGCAUUCCUUGGUCUGUCAUCUGCAAGGCUGCGGUGCCGGUUUGCUUCUUCUGGCAGAUGUGUAGAAAUGCAUGAUGCAUUGCUACUUCCAAGUCAAUGGUGGUUUGAAUUGCUCGCCAAAAUAACAUCUCAUGCAUGAAAUAUUGCUGUCUUUAUUUAUGUAUAGACUUGAUUUUUGUAUCAUGGAUAUACAGUGAUGUUUGAUGUCA